AUGGCAGAAGUGAAGCUACAUGGUUUCUGGUCCAGCCCUUUUAGCUGCAGAGUUAUCUGGGCUCUGAAAUUAAAAGGUGUAGAGUAUGAAUACAUAGAAGAAGACCUUCUUAACAAGAGUGAAUUGCUAUUGAAAUACAAUCCAAUUUAUAAAAAGAUCCCAGUCCUUGUUCAUGACGGCAAGCCAAUUGCUGAGUCUCUUGUCAUUCUAGAAUACAUUGAAGAAACAUGGCCGGAGAAUCCCUUGCUGCCAAGAGAUCUUUACGACAGAGCCAUGGCUCGAUUUUGGAUCCAAUACGGAGCCACCAAGUGUGCCGAUGCUUUUGGAGCGUUCUUCGUAGCAAGCGAAGAAGAAAAGGAGAAGGCAGCAAAAGAAAUAAUGGAAGUGCUGAAAAUCCUAGAAGAUCAAGCCCUCGGAGACAAAAAGUUUUUUGGGGGCGACAAUAUAAAUCUAGUAGACAUCUCAUAUGGACCAUGUGCUUACUGGUUGCCGGCGAUGGAAGAAGCAGUGGGUGUAAAAGUGCUGGAACCAAGCACGUUACCUAAAUUACAUGCUUGGGCUAAGAACUUCAUUGAAGUUCCUGUGAUUAAAGAGAACAUUCCUGACUAUGACAAGAUGUUGGCUUACAUGAGAGUUGCUAGGGAGAAGUUAGGCAAGAACUAGCCUUUGUAAUACUUUCGAUUUUUGAAAGUAUAGUCCAUGUAUGUCCUUGUUUAAAGGUUAUGUAACCUUUAUCUCUUAAGAACUAAUAAGGGUGGCGGCAGCCAUUCAAGUUUGAUAUUUAA